AUGAAGGUUGAAGAUGAAAGGGAGAAUCAAGUUUUUAGCGCUUGCAAUAGAGAUGAAGAUGAAGCCAGAAUUGUAGAGAAUCAGAGAGGGCUUAGAGUUGUUGGAGCAUCAACAGGAACCAAAUUCUGCAAUAGCUUGGAAGGAGCGUCAACAGGAAGCGAGUUAUUCAAUGCUUUGCAAACUCCGGAAGCAAAAUUUGCAUUGAGUCGACUCGGGGCCUUGGUUUUUGUUAAAAUAUCUUUAGAAGAUGCAAAUGGUCUUCUGGUUUUAAUAUGGUUGCAGGGCUGCAUAGGGUAUAAAAAGUUGAAGCAUGGCUGA